CCCCUGCCGGGCGGGGCCGCUCGGACCGCGCUCCCCUCUCGGUUUCGGCGUCCCGCGCUGCAGCCUCCUGCCCGAUUCCCAGAACUCCUUCCAGAUGGUUCUGUUCCAAGGUCUUUACCGCGCGGCGAACCGGGUCCAUGCUGGCAUUCUUGGUGCCCCCAAGGCGGGGGCCCCGGGGAGAAGGUUUCUCAGCGCGCGCAUCGCCCCGGGAGGCCAGCCCUGGUGUCCUCGCCCAGCUCCCCACCUAGUCCGGCUGCCGCCCUCUCGCCCGCAGACCCCGACUGGGCCUCUUACAAGCUGGGCGUCUUCAUCUGCCUGAACUGCUCCGGAGUCCACCGGAACUUCCCAGACAUCAGCAAAGUGAAGUCCCUGAGGCUGGACUUCUGGGACGACAGUGUUGUGGAGUUUAUGACCCACAAUGGGAACCUCCGUGUGAAGGCCAAGUAUGAAGCCAGAGUCCCCGCUUUCUAUUACAUCCCUCAGGCCAGCGACUGCCUGGUCUUAAAGGAACAGUGGAUUCGAGCUAAAUAUGAGAGACAGGAGUUUAUGGCCGAUGGGAAAACCAUCUCAGUCUCAGGUAACCGGGAAGGGUUCCUGUGGAAGCGGGGCAGGGACAACGCACAGUUCCUGAGGAGGAGAUUUGUCCUGUUGGCAAGAGAAGGCCUUCUGAAGUACUACACUAAGGAAGAGGGUAAAAGCCCCAAAGCUGUCAUCCACAUCAAGGACCUGAAUGCCACCUUCCAGACAGAGAAGAUAGGGAACCCCCACGGGCUGCAGAUCACCUACCGGAGAGACGGCCGCAUCAGGAACCUGUUUGUGUAUCACGAAAGCGGCAAGGAGAUAGUGGACUGGUUCAAUGCCCUCCGCGCAGCCCGUCUGCAAUACCUAAAGGCGGCCUUUCCUGAGCUCCCAGAGUCUGAGCUCGUGCCCCUCAUCACCAGGAACUACCUCAAACAAGGCUUCAUGGAAAAGACUGGUCCAAAGCAGAGAGAACCUUUCAAGAAAAGGUGGUUUGCCCUGGACCCCCAGGAACGGAGGCUGCUCUAUUACAAGAACCCACUGGACGCCUUUGACCUGGGCCAGGUGUUUCUCGGGAGCCGGGAGCAGGGGUACGAGGUGUCCGAAGGCCUGCCCAAGAACGUCCAAGGAAACCGCUGGAAAGCCGGCCUCACCAUCGUCACCCCUGAGCGCAGGUUCCUCUUCACCUGCCCCAGCGAGAAGGAGCAGGGCGAGUGGCUGGAGAGUUUCCGGGAUGUGCUCUCCCGUCCCUUGACAUCCUUCAACCUCCUCACUGCAUCAACAGAGAGUGGCCACAGCAGCAGGUGACCCGCUGGCCAAGGAACUGGCUGGCCACGGGCCAUGGGAGCUCUUGGUGGGAAGGAGACGUUCUCAGCUCGGCCUUGGUUACCCAGCAGGAGCGCCCCGUAGUUGGCAGCCAUCACUGGCAGUGAACUCUGCCACGACUAAAGCUUUGGCCUUUACCCACCA